AUGCGGGCAGCGCGGUGGCUGCUGGGGCAGCACGCCGCGGGGUCCCCUUCGCACGACGCCUCUUCGGAGAGCACCGAUGAGGCAGCUGAGCAGGAGGCGCAUGUGGUCGCAUCGCUCACCCCCAGCCUGCUGCGGGAGAGAAUGGACGCCUCUGCCGCGGACGUCCUGCCGUGGGACAGCCACAGGUUCAGGAGGGUGAAGCAGCUGCAGGAUGCCAAGCGGAACCACGGAUGCGUGGAGCUCAUGCGGCAGGGCAGUACCUUCGUGGCCGUGAAGAAGAUGCCGACGAGGUGGAUCCGGCGCUCGCCGAGCGAGUUCGACGCGGUGAACCCCCAUUCCUCCGAGAGGCCCUGGGUGGACGUGGGCCUCGUCAGGAUCCUGAACGAGAUUCAAUUCCCGUACUGCGUCAAGCUCCUGGGCGUGUUCGUGGACCGCGACAACACUUACGUGGCCAGCUCCCUGGCGUCCGAGGGUGACCUCUUUGCCUGGUGCGACCGCGAUCCGAAGCCAGGCCCGAAGAGAGAGGCGGCGAUGUACCCCCUCGUGGAGCAGAUCUUCGCGGGAGUGAGGCGGCUGCACGACCUCGGCGUCGCCCACCGAGAUUUGUUCGGAACAUGCUUAUCCAUAUUGAAAACGGCGAUCAGAGGAUCAAGAUCAUAG